AUGCCGCCUCCCACCACCCUCGUACCCUCCAAGAAUGCGUUGCGAGCUCUUCGCCAUCUAGCUCUGUCUACCCCUUCCGUCCUUGUCGGCACCGUAGGAAGCAUAUGCGGCGUGGCCGCCCUGAGUUACGAAACAUGCCGUCGAGUUCGCGUGGCCGAAAAAAUCGUCGAAACGAAGCGGAUUCUAAGAUCGGUGUCGAGUGGCAGAGGUCCAGCGCAACUUGACGCUCUUUUUGAAGCUGCGGAGCGAGGGGAAGACUUCACUCUACAAUCAAGAAGCACAAGGAAAAAGAGGCGGAAACCGGGAGUCAGAUCUCUUUCAACCGCUGCUGCGCCUCACCACUCGGACGACAACUACAAGUCACGGCCCCAUGACAUUGUCACGGAGCCUGACAAUCAAUCUGUACAUUAUCCCCGACAUCAGUCUGCAUUAGGAGGACAUGUCAGCUCCGAUCAAGCCUACAAGGCGGCGACUAUAACGACUCGGCGGGUGCCGGGCCCAACCUUUAGAAAGGUUGCCAUUGCCAGUAAAGAAGAGCAUGGCCGUCCCCAUCAGCGAGUUUACAACCACCCCACAUCGCCCGACCAAGCGAAGGCGAAGAAUUUUCCAGGUUGUGUGGAGAGAUGGUUGACUCAAGGCACAGCAGAGAGCAAGGGAGACAAGGUGGUUCCGGGAGUGUCUGCUGCGUCGAACCAAGUAUCGACGUCUGUGGCAGUCGAGCCUGAUGAUGGGUACAAUGCGACGGAGAACUGUCAGGAUACUGUGUCUAUCAACAACUUGGUAUCUAAGGCUCAAAACGCCGCACAAUCCUACAACACACGAUCGCCGAAAGUUUCUACAGACGAUACUCUUGAAGCAAGCCGUGGUGUCUCGAGGCGGUCGACUGCGUCUCUACCAGGCCAUCCUGCCUCAGAUGUACCCCUUUCAAGAAUUUCAGGAAACCUCCAGCCUCCUCCGAACGAGUUCCGGGUAUCAGUCGAGAAGCUGCGGUCUCAAGAUUCUCAUUCUUCGCAGCGAAACGCCUCUGCAUCAUCUCCGGCAGGUGUUUCCCUGCACACACCCCCUUCGGCGCAUCGCCGGCCAAAUCGUCCAAAGGUUGUUGCUAGUAAGUCAGCAGAUCAGUCGCGGGUACAUAAGCAUGGUUUGAGUUGGACUCCUUUGCUUUAUCCCUUCGGAGCUGCAGUCGACGAAUCACCAAACGGCUCUCACCACCAAGCAGGACCGAGUGAUCUAGAUCUCAAACGUUACCUCUCUGAAACCAAAAACAAAAGGUCCGAAGACCAAGUCUCGGGAUUCUCGAUACCGCAUCAUCUGGUAAUGAGUGAUGCAGAUGAACCAAUGGAACAAGCGCUACGUGACUACCUCGGUGCAAUAAAGGGAGCUCCACGGCCCAGCAGCUUGCCACCUGCAUCUUCGGCUGCGAAUGACGCCACACAAACGGUGGAUCAGGAAACAUUGUCACGGUUGAUGAACUUCAUACACCCAUCAACUCGCCGGCUGAGCAAGCUCGCUCAAUUUCGCAGAUGGACUGCUGUACUGAGACAUGAAAUCCAGAAAGACGGUUCACCAGACUGGCUUAUGGCAGAAGCCGUGUUCCAUGCAGCUCGAGGUCUUUUCAGUCCUGGCGAUGCACUAAGCCGACCUGUUUUCGAUCUUCUCAGACACCUACUCUCCACCGAGGCAAGCUAUGAGCGGGCUCGCGCAAUUCUCUUCCCUACCGAUAGACUCGCAUGGGACAACGGUGUGGCUGGGCGACAUGCGAAGGACCAUGCCACUGACUUGCCCACCAAGUAUCUCACAUUAUUCUGUGAGCAGGUCCAGGACUAUUCUGUCUGUAUCGAAGAAAUGGCGAAAGUCAUCAAGAUUGCACAGCGCAGUGGGCAGGAGCCAAGCGAACAGUUUGCCAUGCCUGUUCUACGAGCAAUAGUCCGCGCAGGGGACAUCGAGGCGGCACGUUCGCUUCUGGACGAGCUUGACUCGAUUUAUGAACUGCGCAACACCCAGCGUCUAUGGGGUGAAUAUGCCGUCUGGAAUGCAGGGGCCGGAAAUUGGGAAGAGGCGCAAUGGAUCCUGGACCGCAUGCAGGAGACGGGCUAUUCCAGACAUCAACCGGAGCAGUACGCUUCCAUCUUCCACCGGAUGUUAUUGCACUAUCUAUCCAAAAAUACUGCCCAUCGAACCUUUGGCUUUGCCAUAAACGCUAUCAAGUACACAGGCUUGAUCCCGACGGGGCGGACAUCAAGGACAAUCAUAUGUGCAUGCAUUCGGGAACAUCGGUACGAUUUGGUCUAUGAAUGGUCGCGUCUCGUCAGCGAAGCUUUCCCAAGAUUGACCUCGGGGUUCAUGACUGCCAAUGGCGCCUGGCAGCUUGCGCAUGCCUUACAGAAGGCCGGUGCCAGCUGUAGGGACAUUGCAGAUACAUGCCGGGCAAUCGCGCAUGGAUGUUACGACGACCCAUUUCCUCACUACCUCAGACCGCUGCUGGUGGACUUGGUGAAGCUGGACUUGAGCCGCCGUCUGGAGGCCUCUUCAGCCCUAUCAUCAGAAGUUCUGUUCUCUCGUGACGGUACUCCUCUGAUGACCAUGGACCAGCUUCUCCAAGAAGCUCGGCGCUUCUGCACCUCGCCCACACCGGACGAUAUCAAAGCGACCACAAUCGAAAACGUGAAGCGCGACCUUGCCGUGCAGCUCGACGCAGUUGAAGAACUGACCAGGGUUUUCCGUGGCGACGUUUUCAUGCCUGACCUUCCCGACGUCGCAGACAAUGAAGAAUCUCAGCGUGUCCCGACUCGACGCAGCCAGAUCUCCGAGACGAGGCCACCAGCCUUCGAUUCGACCUUUCCCGAUGUCCUCAAGCAAGACAAAUUACCCGGAUACAAGGAGUUAUCAGCGGCGGUCAUGAACUUCUACGCAGCUCGCACCAAGCACGGAUUGCCACUUGACCAUGCAGUGCUCAAAUACCUCAUUGACAAAGUGGUUCUGGAGAAUCCAGCGGACGCGCUGACUCUCAUCGAGCAGAUCUACGAGAGCGAGUAUGUCCAAGGCAUGCAGGGUGUUCCGUUCGACAACGACAUCUUCGUCAAAUGGCUCCAAGUGGUGACCACGCUCGGGUCCGUCAAGGCCGCCUCGACGGUCUUGUGGGCCGUGGUGGACUCGUCCCGGCAUAUCAAGUGGACGCUGGAUUUCUCCUUCUGUCUCAACAUCGUCACCUAUAUUUGCAUCGGGUCGGCCAAGGGCAAGCAGAAGGCCCUGCUGACACCUGAAAUGUUCUACCUGGGAAGAAGAUUGUGGUGGACUCGACUGAGAAGUCCCGGUCACGUCGAUGAUGAUUUCGAGUUUCCGAAAUGGAGGCCUUGGGAGUUGGCUCUGAGAGAUGCGGUGUCACGGCCGUCGUAG